AUGGUUCUGCUAUUGUCGAACAACUCCAUACAGUCCAUAGAGAGAGGAAUGCUAGACGGGAUGCGAAAUCUGCAACAACUGAAUCUGCGCAAUAACUCUUUGACGUCAGUGGAUGAGAACACUUUCGCUUCGCUGCGAUUCAUGACGACUCUGGAUUUAGCUCAUAAUAGCUUGACCAAAAUCGCCAAGAGGACAUUUUCACAUCAGACGAAGUUGUUUUGGUUGGAUUUAUCGAAUAAUCAGCUGACUGGUUUUGAAGAAGGCACAUUCGACACAAAAAUCGCUAACCUUCUUCUAGAUGGAAACCCGUUGAUAUGCGACGACGAUUUUGAUUGGUUUGUGCGAUAUUUGGUGACAAAUCGGAUACGUACGUUCCUGCCGUUCCAGCCCGAAAUCACCUGCGCUGGUCCCGAAAAGUACGCUAGGUGUCAGGUAUCGAGUAUUUUAUUUGGUAUUCUGCUGCUAUAUACCUUUGUUGUGGUCGUCUACGCACUCAAGGAUCUGAUGAUAAAGAAAGCUAAUGAGACGUUGACAGAAGGCAUGAAGACGCUCGGAUUCAAUAGCGAUCAAAGUCAACGGUCAUUCUUAUCGGCUUUUUUGCCCGGAUUGCGAUCGGCUCCUGCAGGCUCUGGCAACGGAGGUGGCGCUUUAGAGACAGCCGCUGCCGGUCUACCAAUUCUCAACACGCUGUCACAGGCUAUUCCGUCUAUGCGAAGUAUGCCAGGUCUCGAGAGUGCUGCUGGCGCUGGUCAGGCAGCGAAUCCAAAUUUGAACACGGCCAUCGAGCAGUUCACCGCUCCACUUGUACGUUUCGCCACUGGAGGGCAGCCAGUUGCAAGUGACAUCGAGCAACUGAUUCAGUCGAUUCCGAACUUUAUCGUCAAUGUACCAGGACUGGGCGAUGUCGAUAUCAGCAAGUUGGAUCCGAAUCUUGUUGCUCAUGUGCUUCGUGGUGGUCAGAUUCCCGGCAUUCCAAAGGAAACCCUGGACAGCAUUGUCCAGCAGUAUAUGCUGAAAAUGCAUGAGGCAGCUGCUGCAGCUCAAAAAGGCCAACUAUCAAAGGAUGGUUCGAAGGUUAUUAAUUUUUUAUUCGUUAAUUUUGUCAUAAUGAAUUUUAGAACUAUGGACUUUGGAUUUUUAGUUUUACCGCCACUCGAGAAACUCCCACACGAUCUGAUUCGUGCUGUGAUUCAAGGCGAAAAUCUGCCUGGAUUGGACGAGGAACAAACGAAAGUAAUCAAGGUAUUGUUCGACUGCCCACCUCUAGUCGUCUAG